AUGCUUAACGAGAACCUGGCUUCGGACCUUGAGAUUAUCAAAUCUCAGUCGUGGGUGCAGGACGGUUAUUGUGUGACUGAUAGCUCACCCGAGUUCUGGGAACACCCCACACAUCUGGAAUCGCUCGUUGCCGAGCCUCCUAGACGCCCUGGGCAACUUGCGGCAGCAGCAGGAUUCAUGCGUGAGGAGUACGCCAGCAUAUUGGGUGGUGAUCUAAACGCCAUUCAGCCUUUUGACAAGUCUCUGCACUCGGAGAACGGCUUGAAAGAUGCAUACAUUGAGAAUGGUGGCAUUGAAGAUGCUGAGUCUGGAAUGACUUGGGGACAGAUGGUAUCCAAGGUUGAAUCUCAACAAAUUGGUUUGUCGAGAAUGGACAAGUUAUUGUUUUGUGGUAGCUUGGUACUUGAAAAUUUCCAGACCUUUGGCAUGGACGUGCAAUUAAAAGACCCCAAUGUGGCAGAGAUGCUUAUGCAGCAGGACGAUCUGCACAGACCGUGGGUCACGGAUCACCUUGGAGCGCGUGGCGACUUCCGAUUGUUGUCACAGGAAAGAUACAGAACGAAGAAGGAAGCGCAACUAUGA